GCGUCGUGAAAUGUGUGUCGUGUGCCCGGACAACGUUGAUAACGUCGGCUACCGAAAUUCUUGAUUCAACCAGUGCCUGACGCUCGAAAAUUUUCAAUUUUGAGUGGAUUGUCCGUGCACGCUAGGAGAUCGUUGUGACAAAUAAAAUGAGAGUGAAGACAGUGCCACGACAUCGAAUACUCUACGGUAGCAACAACAUCGAGCCUGUGUCGCUGGUAAUUGUUGGAAAAUCGGAAAGAUCUUUGAACAGAGAUAUAAAGUCGAAGGAAUUUCAUAGAAGCGAAGAGGAGAGGAAGGAAGCAUUGAAUUAUACUAGGGAAGCAUUGGACAUGAUGAUUAAACGGAAGACAAACUCGUUGCAGAAAGAUUUAUUGAAUGGAGGCUUGAUGAUAGCUGGUCCAUCGAGCGCCGAAUGCGCAAAAUCGUCUCUUAAAGAGAAGCCGAAUGAGACAAUUGUCAGCGACGACAAUAAUAACAUCCUGCCAUCGGAAGAAGCAAGAUGCUGUACCCUAGCUGGACCCUCCAGCAUCCCCCUUUCCAAAUUCACACAAGAAGACACCAAGUGCAGUAUUCAGAACCUCGACGUGUCAAUAGAAGCGGUCAACCUCUGCAAAAAGGACCACCAAGAAGAAGACCCGACAAACGAAAGUAUGGUAUCCAGCGGGAAACUCAAGGACACGUUCCUGUAUAAGAUCAUGACUGACCCAACCUUCCUGGAGAACAUCCAGAAGCACAAGCAACCGAAGAAGUACUCCUGCCAGUUCUGCAAGCAGGAGUUUGUUAACGGUGAACAGCUAGCCGACCACAUGGACGUGAAGAAGGACGAAUCGAACCAGGUGGUCUGCUGCGCCUGUAAGAAGACGUUCGCACAGAAACGAUACCUCAGGUACCAUCAAAGGUGUCACUCGGAGAGAACCAAGUUCACCUGCGACAUCUGCACCAAGAAAUACACCAGGCUGGAUAACCUGGCCAGACACAACGCGUUCCACGUGAACCCGGACAAGUUUUCCUGCACUUACUGCGAGAAGACGUUCGCCAGGAAGGACCUGCUGAACAAGCAUCUCAAGUGCCACGACAAUAAGCAUCGCUUCUUGUGCCAGAUGUGCCAAAAGUAUUUCACGGGAGCGUUGGCAUUGGACAAUCACAAUAGAAUCUUCCAUAACAUCGUCUGAACGGUUUUGAAAAAAUAGUAUUUACUGGAGAACAGUAUUUACUGGAGAUUAAUCGGCAAAGGAAGCAGGAAUAUAUUGAGAUAGUAAAACUAGUUGAUUCUUUCUUGCCGUUUGCUAGAUAAAAGUCGUGAGUAUUUUUACAGAGAACACGACCUAGGAAGUGUAAAUAGCUUAUUAUUUUGUUGUCUCGUGGAGAAUGAACGUUAAUGCUAAUAUUGUAAUCAGUUGUGAAUGUGUUCGUACAUCUGCUGAAUUUUGAAUGUCCGAAACGGAGGACAGUUGACAAAAACAUUGGCAUGUUCUAUGAACGAUUGAUUCGUUCAUCGGAAUUUGGCCAGUUUGUGGACAAUAUGACAAUGCAUUUUAUACUUGCUUAUAUUAAAAGUAUAAUAAUUGAAUAAUAAUUGCCGUAGAUAUAUCACAAGAAA